GCCCAGCGUAGCAGUCUCCAUACAGCCCAGCUCACACGAUGGGGGUUUUCUGCUGGAGUGGAUGCCUAGUGAUCAGCCUGCAGUUGCUGCUGGGGGCAGCUCUGGACAAUCUCUCUACUUGCAAAGAGGAAGAUUACCACUAUGAGUACACAGAAUGUGACAGCACUGGAUCAAGGUGGAGGGUUGCUGUACCUAAUCCUGGUAAAGCCUGUGCUGGAUUGCCAGAUCCUGUAAAAGGAAAAGAAUGCACCUUUUCUUGUGCUGCGGGAGAGUUCCUGGAAAUAAGUAGCCAGCUUUGCAGUAAGUGUGAACCUGGCACCUAUUCUUUAGGAACAGGAAUCAAGUUUGAUGAAUGGGACAAAAUGCCACAAGGAUUUUCCAACGUGGCCACUUACAUGGAGAACACUGCAGAAUUUUCAGAUAAUAAACCAGAUAGCUGUGUCAACUCGUCCUGGAUUCCUCGGGGAAACUACAUUGAGUCCAACAGCGAUGACUGCACAGUUUCGCUAAUUUAUGCUGUUCAUCUGAAGAAAGCUGGUUCUGUCUCAUUUGAAUAUCAGUAUCUUGAUAACAAUAUCUUCUUUGAAUUCUUUAUUCAAAAUGAUCAGUGUCAAGAAAUGAGUUCUUCAUCUGACAAGUGGGUUAAACUAUCAGACAAUAGUGACUGGAUGAAUCAUAUGGUCUCUCUAAAAUCAGGCACAAACAUAUUAUAUUGGAGAACCACAGGCAUCCUUAUGGGUACAAAAGUGGCGAAGCCAGUGUUGAUAAAGAACAUCACAAUUGAAGGGGUUGCAUAUACAUCUGAGUGUUUUCCUUGCAAGCCUGGAACAUACAGUGAUGAAGCCGGAUCUUCUUCUUGUAAAAUUUGCCCCAGAAACACAUAUUCAGACAGACAAGCAAAAGAGUGCAUAAAAUGUUUUGAGGAAAAAGAAUAUUCGGAGGAAGGAGCAAGCAAAUGCGAAGAGCGUCCUCCAUGUACAAAAAAAGAUCUGUUCCAGAUUCACACACCAUGUGACAGUGAACGCAAGACUCAAGUAAUAUAUAAAUGGAUAGAGCCAAAGAUUUGUCGAGAAGAGCUUCCUGCUUCAAUCAAGCUUCCUGCUUCUGGGAAUAAAGAAGACUGUCCUCCUUGCAAUCCAGGAUAUUUUAGCAAUGGGACAUCUGCUUGUUCUCCAUGCCCUGUUGGGACCUAUUCUAAUGGAUUAAGCGAGUGUAAGACAUGCCCUGCAGGAACAGAGCCUGUUUUGGGAUUUGAAUAUAAGUGGUGGAACAUCCUCCCAGGCAACAUGAAGACAUCUUGCUUUAAUGUUGGAAAUUCCAAAUGUGAUGGAAUGAACGGUUGGGAAGUAGCAGGAGAUCACAUCCAAAGUGGCAUUGGGGGAACAGACAAUGAUUAUCUAAUCCUAAAUUUGCAUAUUUCAGGGUUUAAGCCACCCACAUCAGUGACUGGAGCCACCGGAGCUGAACUGGGAAGAGUUACCUUUGUGUUUGAAAACAUUUGUGUGUCUGACUGUGUGCUAUACUUUAUGGUGGAUAUUAACAGAAAGUCUACAAGUUUAGUGGAAUCAUUUGCAGGACGCAAAGUAUAUCAAUCAUAUACCCAUGUAAUACACAAAAAUGCCACCUACAUGUUCACUUGGGCGUUCCAGAGGACAAAUCUAGCCCAAGAUAGCCGACGAUUUGUAAAUGACAUUGCAAAGAUCUAUUCCAUCAUGGUUACUAAUGCCAUUGACGGAGUUUCAUCAUCAUGUCGUGCCUGUGCUCUGGGCCCACAGCAAUUGGGAUCAUCAUGUGUGCCUUGUCCUGCUGGUCACUAUAUUGAUAAAGAGAGCAACAUGUGUAAAGAGUGUCCUCCCAACACUUACUUAACUCCACACCAGGUUUAUGGCAAAGAAGCCUGUGUCCCCUGCGGCCCAGGGAGUAAAAGUAAUAAGGAUCAUUCUGCCUGUUACAGUGAAUGCCUAGUGACCUAUACUAAUGAAAACCAAACUUUGAGUUACAACUUUAACAAUCUUGGCAAAGUAGCUACGCUCUUAAAUGGACCAAGUUUUACUUCCAAGGGGACAAAAUACUACCAUCUUUUUAACAUGAGUUUGUGUGGGCAUGGGGGGGAAAAGAUGGCCGUCUGUACAGACAAUAUUACAGAUGUAACUGGAAAAGACAUUGAAGCAGAUUCAGAUGACUACUCUAAUGUUGUAAAGACCUUUGUCUGUCAGUCUACCAUUAUCCCAUCAGACAGCAAAGGUUUCAGGACAGCAUUGUCAUCACAGUCAGUCAAUCUGGCAGACUCAUUUUUAGGUGUUACAAACAAUUCAUCUCUUCGUGGGAUCACCAUUAGUCCAGACAUAUUCCCAUCGCAUUUAAAGAUACCUGAUGUGAAUUUCUUCUUUAAAUCUUUAGCAACUACAUCAUCAUGUGAACAAGGUCGAGCAACAGUUAUAUCUAUGAGGUGCAACCCUGCAAAGCUGGGCCAGGGUGACAUUUCUGUACCAAGGUGAGAGGAAACUUUUCCCAUUCCAGUUCAUUUUCACUAACUUACUACAGACUGCUAACAUACAACAAAAUAUGUUUUCAUAAGGGUAGAAUGGCUUGAGCCAUCAAUGCCAGUUACUUACCUUGAGUCCAGAUAGGGGGAAAUGUAAUAAAAUUCGCAAAGAACAAUACGCUGAGAAAAAUUUGCUUGUAACAAAGUAAUAUUGUUAGUUAGGUUUUUAUUGCAUUGAGAAUCUUUAUUGCGAAUUGGGAACCUUAAACACCUGCUCUGGAGUUUCGUUAAAUAUUUUGUCGCAAAAAAUGGUUUGCGAAAUUUUAUAACAUACACUGUGAACCUUUGCAAAAGCAGUUUGGUAGAAAAACUUUGCAAGGAAGUCAUUGAGGGCUUAAUCAGUCAAAAAUGGAGCAAACGUGGUUGAUAACAGGCGCAAAUGUCUUUGCUAACAUUUUUUUGCGAUAACUAAGCAUGUUACAUUCCCCCCAUAGAGGACUAUUUAUGAACAGUCUUGUGGUUGUGGUUUUUUAAACCGUGACUAAACUCACUUUCUCUAAAACCACAAAUGUCAUGAAAUGUAUUAAUAAAUAUGAACUGAAAAAGCAGGAAGAAGACGUUACAGAAAAGUCGCGAAAACCACAUCCUUUUCGAUAUUUUCCACAAUAAGUACCAAAACACCCAAAAAUGUCUGCCAUCUGCUGUCUGCCAUUAACUUCUACAUCUUUUAGACAGGUUUUAGCUGGAGUAUUUUCGUAUUCUGAAUUGACGCAAUUUUAUCACAUAAUAAAUCCCUUUGUAAUUUUUUUAA